AUGGACAACGCCGAGAAGAAGCCAGCCGGUCCUUCGACAACUGUCAAUUCCCCCACUUCCACCCUCACUCCGCCCUAUUCUGCCUUCUCGCCCGCUACCCGCCGCUUGAUUCUUGGCCUCGUCACCGCCGCAGGCUUCCUUGGUCCACUUUGCGGCGCCAUCUACCUCCCAUCACUUCCGCUUUUCGAAGAGCUCUUCCACACCUCAACAACAGGCAUCAAUGCAUCUGUUACUCUGUACAUGGUCGUCUUCGCCAUCACCCCACUUUUCUGGGCCGCUGCUGCUGACCACUGGGGCCGACGGCCAGUCUAUACCGUUUCAUUGGCCAUCUUCAUCGCCUCCAACAUCUUGCUUGCUGCUGUCCCGGCAAACAUCGCCGCCCUUUUCAUUCUCCGGAUCCUUCAGGCUCUUGGCUCAAGCGCUGUAGCCUCCGUCGGCGCCGGAACCGUUGCUGACAUCACCGAACCGAAGAACCGGGCCUCGGCCAUGUCCAUCUUUUUGCUUGGCCCGCAUAUGGGUCCCAUUCUUGGUCCGCUCAUCGGCGGACAGUUCGCUGCUCCCUCUCGCUGGAGGUGGGCUUUCGGAUUUCUCGCCAUCGCCUGUUUUCCCAUCUACGUUGCCAUCCAACUCUGGCUUCCCGAGACUCUGAGGACACUGGUUGGUAAUGGCGAAAGCCAGUGCCGCUAUGGCCUCCUGAAAGUCCAACCCUUCCGGCAGAAGAACGAAGACGGCAAGGUCCCGUCGCAACCCUCGCGUGUGCGUGUCUUCUGGGCACUGCUCGUGUACCCUCCCAACCUUAUCAUUAUCACCAGCACCGCACUGCUCUUUGCCGGACUCUAUGCCAUCCUCGUCGAUUUCACGCGCCUGUGGGUUGAUGGCUAUGGCUGGUCUGAGGCUGAGGCUGGUUACGCCUACCUUUGCCCUGGUAUCUUCCUGUUCGUUGGCUCCCUUGCUGGUGGCAAGGUAUCAGACAUGUGGCGCGCGCGCGCCGUCAAGGCCAGCCCGGACGGCAAGGUCCCCCCAGAGAGCCGCAUCUUCCUGCAGAUCAUCGGAUACGUCGCGACUGCCAUGGGGCUUAUCAUGUUUGGCUGGCUCUGCCAGGAGCACGUGCACCCGGCUGCCGUCCUGUUUGCUUCUGCUGUCGCCGCUUUCGGCAUGUCCUGGGUCCUCGUCACCAGCACCUCCUACCUCACCGAGUCGUCGCCUCCGCACGCCGCGCGCAUGGUCGCCCUCGCCGGUCUUCUGCGCAAUAUCGGUGCCGCCAUCGCCGCCGCCGUCAUCCACCCGCUCAUCCAAGCCAUGGGCUACGGCUGGUGCUACACCGGCCUCGCCUUCCUCGUCCUCGCCUGCGUCGCCGGCGUCUUCUACCUGCGCAAGACGGGCAGCAAGUACCGCGCCGGCCUGCAGGAGCGCAUGAAGAAUGCCACGGCGGCCAAGAAGAAGGAAGAGAAGAGUGCUGCGGGCACCAAGCACGGCUGCCCCGAUUGUAGAUGUGGUGUUCCUGUUCAUAAUUGCCCGGAUUGCAGGUGUGGGACGCAGCCGCAGCUUCAGCCUCAGCCUCAGCAGCCGAAAGUGACUGUGUGA